AACUCUACCACUACUGACCGGCAGCAAUCUUCAGACUGUAGCAACCCCCUUCACGACUGCGCUUGACCGUACAGACAGCCAACAUGACGGCCCGAAAGGCUUCGACGGAGUCGGCGGGCGUGGGAGCUGGCAAACGAACGAGACAGACACGAUCGAACGCUACUUCGCGGAGCAGCGCAGCCUCGUCUGCGGCCAACUCCACGGCGAGCCCGAGCUCGAGCAAGAUGAGCUCCUCAAUGCCCAAAAAUUCUACUACCACGCCGAAGACCAGGCCAACUCCGAAAGCAACCACAGCGAAGGGACCUCCAACGAGUGCGCUGGCGAGGGCCAGAGCGAUUAGCGCCAACAGGGGCGACACAAAGACCCAGACAGCAAAGACAGCUGCUAGCCUCACUAACAAGGCCUCUAAUUCAUCGUUAUCACCUAUCAAGCGCGCAAAGACAAAGUCCUUCUCCACCGACGCGGACAAAGAGGACAGUGAGCCACUCAAGGCAUUUCUAAGGAUUCGGCCAGCACCUCAGGAUGGAGUCGAACAGGACCCCUACAUCCAGGUUAUCAGCGAAACCGAAGUGCUCAUGACCCCUCCAAAGAAUCCCUCGAUGCCCAUCUCUGCGUCGCGAGCGCGCAUUCAUGCCAUGGCACCCCCAACAAAGUACGCCUUCUCCCGCGUCUUUCCUGGUGAAACAUCCGUGUCCCAGUCUUCCUUUUUCAAAGACACGACCCUACCCAUGGUUGACGGCCUGCUUCAAGGCGAAAGCGGCCUCGUCUUCACGUACGGUGUCACAAACAGCGGCAAGAGCUACACCGUCCAAGGAAGCAGCGGGCCAGGCCAGGCUGGCAUCCUUCCUCGAAGCAUGGACGUUAUUUUCAAUAGUAUCAAGAGCCUUGAGAGUGACUCGGACAUUCGACCUUACGGCUUUUCUGGCGUCGGGGUUGUGCCUCCCGAAGAAGCCGCUCAACAGGCUACUACUUCCAGACCUUUCUUCAACCCCUUCUCUAUCCCAGGCUUGACCAAGAGAUUGCCGGCAAACGACAAGACCUUCGCCCUUCAUGAACACGAUGAUACGACGGUAAAGGUGGACCGCAACUACCGCUACAGCGUUUGGGUCAGCUACGUCGAAGUCUACAACGAGAAGAUUUUUGACCUGCUCGAUGCUGCCCCGCCUGCGACGACAACGAGCGGAAGGAGUUCUAUGAUGGGUAUGACCCGCAGCAGCUCCCAAUUAGGCUCCAACUGGUCGAUUUUCAACACGGCCAACUCGCCUGGGGACGGACCCAUCCUCCUGCAGAGGAGGCCGCUGGCCCUGAAAAACGAUGCAGAAGCAGGUUCAAAGUAUCUGGCCGGUUUGCGCGAGAUCAAGGUCAGCUCGGCUGAAGAGGCCCACGAGAUCCUCCGCCGAGGGCAAGAGAAUCGAGCCGUCUUUGGAACAAUGGCCAACCGUGCCUCGUCGAGAAGCCAUGGUGUCUUCACCGUCAAGAUCAUUCGGCAACAUGCCGGCGAAAUGGCCAUGCUCGGCCCCGACAAGGACGCGAGCGCAUCAUGCAGCGUGAGCAGACUCAGCAUUGUUGACCUUGCCGGAAGUGAACGGUUGGGCAACUCCGCCGUGACGGGUGAACGACUCAAAGAGACGGGCAACAUCAACAAGAGCCUCAUGUGUCUGGGCCAAUGCCUCGAGACACUGCGCAAGAAUCAGCAGCGCAUGGCCGCCUCCUUUGCCCCUAUCAACGCUGUCGCUUUGUCGAGUGCUUCAACCGGCCCAAGUGCAGGAGGAGCGCGGUCUGCUCCCUCGUCCAUCCCGAUGGCCAGCGGUACUAGCAGCACCACCAAACGACGGCCGUCCAUUGUUCCCUUUCGCCACUCGAAGCUCACCGAGCUCUUCCAGAGCUUCUUUACAGGCGAGGGAAAAGCCGUCAUGAUCGUGAACGCCAACCCAUACGACACUGGCUUUGAUGAGAACAGCCAUGUUAUGCGCUUCAGUGCCAAUGCAAAAGAGAUACAGACGACGGUGAGGGGCCAACCAACGGGCAACCUCGGCAGAUUCGUCCAUCCAAGCCUGAGGAGCCUCAUCCCAACACCCAAGACGUCGCCGUCAAAGGCUCCGGCAGAGACGGAGGCUACCGCGAAAGCUGUGGUCGCAGGUGGUGCGGCAGCUAAAAAAGACAAUGCAAAGAGGGCUCCUGUUGGUGCCGACAACAAGCAACAGCAGCAGCAGCAGCAGUCGGCCGCCGUCGUCAAACCCGAGCAGAAGCUGGACACCGAAGUCACGAUCUUUGAGGGAGAGUCGACAUCGGACAUGUUCCUCGACGAUGACGAGGCCGACAACGAGACGGACGGCUUUGUCGAUCAUCUCAUGUCGCUCUACGAAGAGGCACGGGCCAACCUGCAUCUCUCGGAGCUCCGCUGCGCCCAGAUUGAGGCAGAGGUGCGCGAAGAAAUGGCAGAGGAGAUGGGCGCGAGGCUGCUCGAAAUGGAGCGGAUCUUCAACCAGCGCCUCCUCAGCGACGCAGAGCACAAUGAGGAGUUUGUCAAUCGAAAGCUCGACAUUCUCGUCCGAGCCAACAGAGGCGAACAUGAGCGACUGAGAAAGCGAUUUGAGACGCCGAGAAAGCCAGUCGAUUCGGACGAAGAAGAAGAAGAAGAGGAAGAGGAGGAAGAGGAAGAAGACGGCGAGCUGUCGAAGUCGCUGGGGAUUCAAAGUCGACCGGACGACGCCAUCGGGGAUGUCGACGAAGAAGAGGAUGAGGAGGAAGAGGAAGAAAGCUCAGACGAUGAUGAAGAGAAGGUGCUCAAGCCUGGUCCAAUUGAGAAAACGAGAGCAGAAGAUGCAGACGAAAGCAUGGCUAGUGCCGUGAGCGGUGCAAUGGACGAGUCUCUUGAGGAGCACAGCCGACUCGAGGAAGAUGUCGGUGAAGAGGAUGCCGACGGCAGCGAUGAAGAUGCGGAAGGCAGUGAAGAGGGUGACUUCGAGGGGGCGGACGAGGAAGAGGAGGAGGGAUCUGACGAGCAUUCCGACGAAGAGGAAGAAGACGACUUCGAUGAAGAAGACGAGUCGUUCAGCCUAACGAAGGAACAAGACAAUGCGAGCGAUGAGGACGGCGACUCGAGCUUCGAAAUCGAGGAACCAAAGAAGAAGAGAGCGAGCACGGCAAGAAAGAGCGUAGCAGCUACGCCCAAACCGGCAGCAGCAACAAAGAAGCAGGCCAAGGGCCUCUUUUCGGCUGCCCCGAUGUCCGACGUGACCUCGCGUAGGGCAAACGAGACCACUUCGACGAUGACGCUUGACUUGAGCGACAGUAGCGAGGCAGACCUCGUCGUCGAGAAGGGAAGCCCAUCGAAGAAGAAGCGCGUUCUAGGCAAGGCAAAGAGAGGCAUCGACGAGGAGGAAAUCAUGGACCGCGUCGGCGACAGCAGCCUCGUCGAGGCCAUGCAGAGGAGCAACAGCUCCCGGCAGAUAAGAGGCGCUUCUGGCGCUUCUUCAUCAGUCAAGUCGGUGCGCUAGACGCCCGUGUCUGAGAUUCUCGACCUUGUCUUCCAAACACAUAUACUUUACGGUUUCUCUCACAAUUUACCACUGCUGAUGUUGAGCGUGCUUUUCUCUAGUCACUUUUGACCUCCACCGAUGUGCUUCUCGAGGAAAUCCUUCCACUCUUUUUCCCCAUACGAGGACGAAAUCGAUGGCUCGACGAGGCCGUUCCAGA